AUGACCACUCUAAAAGAGGAAGAAGCUAAUCAUUAUUUUAUUGAUUACACCAACUUGGAAACAAUCUCAAUUACGAAAACAAUAUUCCUUCUCCAGAUUUGGAUAUUGCUAUAUGUUUCCUCCAGUGUUGCUCACUGUCAAUUCCCAGCACUUAGGAAGCUCCAACUUCCAUUACGAGUCGUUGGCCCUGAAUCUGUUGCUUUCGAUAAAAAAGGUGACGGACCUUACACUGGUGUUGCAGAUGGCAGAAUAAUCAAAUAUCAAGGUCCAAAACUUGGCUUCACUGAUUUUGCUAUAACAUCACCAAAUAGGACCAAUAAAAGAUGUGAUGGCACAAAUGACCUAAAAUCACAACGAAUAUGUGGGAACCCGUUGGGCCUUGAGUUUUACGACAAAACUGGAGACCUCUACACAGUUGAUGCAUAUUAUGGACUUUUGGUGGUUGGACCAACCAGAGAUGAUUUUGGCCAAAAACUCGGAGGACUUGCUACACAGCUUGUUACUAGCUUUGAGGGUACUCGUGUUGGCUUUCUCGAUGCACUAAACAUUGACCAGAAAACCGGAGUCAUUUAUUUUGUAGAUGCAGGAGCAAUAUUCCGAAUUGGUGACAGGACUACAAUAGCUGAAAGUGGAGAUACAUCAGGGAGAUUGUUCAAGUAUGAUAUAGCAACAAAACAGGUCACAUUAUUGCUAAGAGGACUUUCAGGGCCAGUAGGAUUGUCACUCAGCAAAGAUAGUUCAUAUGUCUUGAUCACGGAAUAUAUAGCUCAAAGAACUCGGAGGUUUUGGCUCAAAGGUCCAAAAGCAAAUUCAUCCGAUGUUUUCAGAAAGGUUGAAGGAAUUCCAGAUAACAUAAGGACUGCGUUGGGGGACUUUGGGGUGGCUAUUGCCAACACGAAACAAAAUACUACAUAUUCGAUAGGACAAAGGAUCAAUCAGUUGGGAAAGAUUGUGGAAACACGUAAUUUCACAGCUCAAUAUAAUGAUACUCCUCUUGGCCUUACUUUAGUUCAAGAAUAUAAAGGCAAGCUUUAUAUUGGGUCUUUAGACCAGAACUUCAUUGGUGUUUACAGAGCAUUUGUCCAGAACGUCAUUGGAGUUUACACAGUUUGAUGUCUUUCGCUUCUCAAUAAUAAGCUUUAUGAUACUACCUACACCAAAUAAAAAUGAUGCAGAUACAGCUUAUCAUCUGUGCUAUGUGCACAGUGAUCUUGAAUUUAUAAAAGUAAUUUCUUACUAUUAACACUAUGCAUUUUCCAUGUAAUAUCAA